AUUAUUAAAGCGUGCUACCGGAAAUGUUGCUCUCUUUCGUUCCAUACGUGAAUCGCUUACAACUUCCCUUUGUGCAUUGAGGAACACUUCCGGUAAUCCGCGAGCAUCGCGUUGAUUGUUCGGGGGCAAUCUGGUGGCUAUUACGGUCCUGAUUGGAGGUCGGAAGUCGAAGGUUGAAAGGCAAUAUAGCGGUGUGGUAGAUAAUACUCACACACACUCGCAUAUCAGUCUUGCAGCCGGCGGUGGUGGGCACGGUAUACGUAAAUGGCGCAGGAAAUUCCUGAGACGACGUACGAGCCGGAAGUCGAAGAGGACGCGAGGAGAAAGCGCGAACGCCGGGUCGUUCAGGAGGGUACGGCGUUGUGGAGGCGACGGAAGGAGGAGCUGCAACGUCAAAAGCAUCGCGAACAACGUGAGUUGCAGAAAAUUCUGGCCAGUUACUCGCCGUGGGGUAAACCGGGUGGCGGCGCGCCCUGUGCGGCGACUCUAAGGAAGAAAAACGUACCCCUGGAGCCGCCUGAGCUGCCGAGGAGAUGUCACAGUUACGGUCAGCUGCUGCAUCCUGCGCCGUGGGGACGUCCUGGUCCUGGCGGAGCUCCUUGGAGGGAUCCCAAGUUGCUGGGCGCGCGCUUCCUCGAAUCCAUGGGUUGGACGAGCAAUUCGAUCAUCGACAGGCUAUAUAACAGGAACAAGAAUCCUCUGGCUGUUGAGGACAUGAAUAAAUUCUACGAUGACAGGGCAACGCCAGGUAUUGCAUCGGAAACACAACCGUUCCAGGAUUCGAGGAAUCUCUACAAUGAGGAGGUUCAGGUGUACGAGCUCACGGGUGGUGUCGAAUUGGUACCUUUGUUAACCAGCAGACGUUAUCAAUCGCAUCCGCAGACCACACGCUACCUUGUCACGGAUGCCACUCGUCCGGGAUACACGAUAGAGUCGCUUCGCGCGCUCGGCUUGGGCAAUCGGGAAUACAUCGCGGAUCUCGCCGAGCAGAUACGACGUAAACGGGACAGGGCGAUGGAGGAACGGCGAAUCGAACAGGAGAGUUGUCGCAGGCACUUCGAUACUUGGAAAAGGCUAUGGGGUAGACCGGGUCACGGUGCCCCCAUAGAUCACGCCCAACGGAACAAUCUCUAUAACAUCCUCCAUCGCUCGGCUAUCUAUUGAAUUUUCUCGUAAAGCGUUUCGCCUUCAGUGUUAAAGCGGAGGAGACUUCGUCUCUGUAAUGCUGCAUUUUAUUAUACAAAACGAAUAAGAUGGCUAUUAGAUACCGACGACGCGAAUACAAGAUCAGCCGUAAGGGAUGCUAGCUAGGCGUAAACAGUUCUUCAUUCUCUCCGAAGUAAAUGUGCAUAACGUACGUAAUAACAUCGUCCCCGUAUGUGAGCUGCUCAUUCAGGUAACUGUAACACAAUACUACAUUUAAAUAAAAUAUAGGUGCUUAA